AAGUUGCUUGAGUACCAAACUAGUCCCAGCGCCCGAAACAUCCAUCCCGAAACAAUGCUAUCGUUUGUGUUUGUAGCCUCGAUCAUCGUUGGUUUGGUCUCUUCGCAACCACCAGCACCGGAUGCGUCCUGCUUCCAGCCCACGGCAGUCACAGCCGAGGAUUGCUGCAAGAUCCCGAAACCGAUUGACAAUGCAAUAAUGGAGAAGUGUCGGGCUGAAAACCCCAAACCCGGCCAAAUGCCCGCCCCAGGCGUUCCCCGUACGGAGGGUUGUUGCAUCGUCCAGUGCGCCAUGAUGGAAACCGGUGGGUUCGUGAACAAUGCACUCAACACGGACGCGAUCAAGCGCUCGAUGGCGAGCACACUGGGGGCGGAUCCGAACUUUGGCUCGCUGGUGAACGGUGCCGUUGAUACCUGUGCCCGCCAGAUCCAGAACGAUCCGGCGUACAGUGUCGCACCGAUAUCUUCCUCGCCCGAUCGUGCUGGCUGUAGCUUCAUUCCGCAGGGUUUCGUUAACUGUCUGUACACGGCACUGUUUAAGAGCUGCCCGGCUGCUACCUGGACCGAGAGCAGCGACUGUCAGGCGCUCAAGACCAAGCUGGACAGUGGAUGUCCCUUCUUCCUGCUGAUGGGACGUGGACCCAGAAACUAAGCGAAGACCACACGAGAUGGCACUAAUCGCAAAUUUAUCUACCUUUUUGUUUGUUUGUGUGAUUUCUCCCCCUCUUUGUUAUACAUUAUCUAAAUAAACUAAAUUGCAA